UGGCACGGCUUGGGAAAGCCACAAGACAAGCAAAAAAGUAAUUGCCGGAAAACAGCUCGACAUUCGGAAAAAGUGUGCGUAUUUCAUUGCAGUUUAUACUCGUAGCGACACUAUCUUUCAGGGGCAACCGUAGCCCGCUAAAAUAACACACAGUGCCAAUCAAAUACUCGCUUUAAUACGCGCGCCGUGUGACUUGAUACACGAAUGCAUAACCGCUUGGUACCAGUUACCUGCUAGCCAACCAGCCAGUUGUCGAAUGGUGUUCCCUUUUUUGUUAGUAAGCAAUAACAACAUCGGGACAGCUAAAACAGAACUAAAUGCACUUGAAACAGCAGAAGCAUUACUGUCUUCGCAAAUUAUCAGCAUACAGUGGCACCAGGCGGUGUAGGUCGUGCUUGGCAAAUUUGCAGUAGACAAAUCAGUGGUGCGGCCAAAACCGGCGGACGAACGGCUGGAAAGGUCAUUGUUUUCAGAUCGUUUCUUUUUGUGUUUUAUCGUGAAGUUGAAAAAAGCGGCAAAGAAGAAGCAAGCAGCAUCACAUACGGGCUUCAGCUGUCAUUCUUCUUCCGAUCGCGCUACCACAAAACACGCACACAGUUACACAGUGUGACACAUCGCGCGUUUAUACAUCGAGUAUACGAGAAGGGGAACACAGGAAGGAAGGGGAAAAGCAAUAGAAACGCGGCAUCAUCCCGCUCCAAACACAACUCUGUACGUGUGUCCUUCGCUCUUGCAAUUGUACCGGCCCCGGGGAGUACGAUGCCAGACUACAGCGACCUGGACCGACAAAUUGAGCAGCUGAAACGAUGCGAAAUCAUAAAGGAACACGAAGUAAAGGCCCUGUGCGCGAAGGCACGCGAAAUCCUCGUCGAGGAGGGCAACGUGCAGCGGGUCGACUCGCCGGUGACGGUGUGCGGUGAUAUACACGGACAGUUCUACGAUCUGAAGGAACUGUUCAAGGUGGGUGGCGACGUGCCGGAGACGAACUACCUCUUCAUGGGCGACUUUGUCGACCGAGGAUAUUACAGUGUGGAAACAUUCCUGCUACUGCUCGCGCUGAAGGUCCGCUACCCGGACCGCAUCACACUGAUCCGCGGCAAUCACGAAUCGCGCCAGAUCACACAGGUGUACGGGUUUUACGACGAGUGCAUACGCAAGUACGGCUCGGUGACGGUGUGGCGGUACUGCACCGAAAUAUUCGACUAUCUCUCCCUGUCCGCCAUCAUCGAUGGAAAGAUUUUCUGCGUGCAUGGCGGUUUGUCACCUUCCAUACAGUAUUUGGACCAGAUCCGAUCGAUCGAUCGCAAACAGGAAGUCCCGCACGAUGGCCCAAUGUGUGAUCUUUUGUGGAGCGACCCAGAGGAUACACACGGUUGGGGAGUAUCGCCGCGCGGUGCGGGCUAUCUGUUCGGUUCCGACGUCGUGUCACAGUUUAAUGCAGCGAAUGAUAUCGACAUGAUCUGCCGGGCGCAUCAGCUCGUCAUGGAGGGCUACAAGUGGCACUUUAACGAAACCGUACUAACUGUAUGGUCGGCUCCCAACUAUUGCUAUCGGUGUGGCAAUGUGGCGGCAAUUUUAGAACUGAAUGAAAACCUACAACGUGAUUUUACAAUCUUUGAAGCCGCACCUCAGGAAAGCCGUGGCAUACCGUCUAAAAAACCUCAGGCCGACUAUUUCCUUUAAGUGUUGUUUGUGGUCCCCUUGUCACGUUUUUCUGUACACCCUCCCUUUCGCGUAUCACUGCUGUUGCCCUCUUAGUGAAAAGUACUGAACCGUGAAUGAAAGAUGCAACGUGUAGCGUGGUGGUCGCCAUUAGUUUAGAUUUGUGACUCUGACAUACUGAAUAUAUCCUGAAUGAUUAAAUCCGCUACUAAACGCGGGCCUCUUUUAUUACAAAUGGCUUGUAUACUGUGCGCUGUGGUGCUUAGUUUCCUCUCUACAUGUAGUAGCAUAGGCCAUUGCUCAGAAUAUAUCGCACCCCCAUUUUGUGUCGGGUUGAAAUGCCUCAAAAUUUUCCGAGUACAGGCAGUACCCAAGUGCUGUAAACUUCUAAAUAUCGCGUAUCUUAGGGAUUGCCUGUACUUUAAAUGUUGUACUUCUGCAAAUGUAGCCCAAUUAAUCAAACAAUUUUGGUAGCUACAGUAAAUUUUAGUUUCAAAACCUAGAAAGGGAAAGUUCAGUUGAAGGAAGGGGAUGAAACAAUGCCGGAAAUGUAAACAAUAAUAAAAUAAGCAAAGGCAACAACGAUA